CGAGAGCUUGUUGCCUGUUGCGCACUCGCAGUCACGCACAGACAGCGUCGCUCAGCAGCCGCGUGGAUGCUCGUGGAGCCUCGGAUGGACGUCUUUUAUUUUGUGAUUUUUUUAAAUACUUAUAUUAUCAUUGGAUUCCUAUUCCUGUCUGAUCCGUCCGCCGUGUUUUAUUUCCUCCACUGGGUCUCAUUUACAGCGUGGGACCUCUGGGAAAGUGACGCUCAGGUGCUCAAGACCGCCGACAUCAGGACGCACAGACGUGAAAGACCCGCGUUCGCCGAGAGAUGCGCAACGAUGCGCUGAAGACCUGGAGCCUGACGAUUCCACGUGUGCCGCGCUGAACAAACACGCCGAGGAGUUGCAGACACCAGUGUUGUAGCAGUGUGUGUGUCUGCUGCGCGUGCCCAUGUGUGUGUAUGUGUGAGGGUGUGUGUGGCAGACCCUGUGUGUGGGCAUCUGUGCCGACACAUUCUGCUGAGUUUAGAGCAUCGUGGAGCCGAGGACGUAAGCCCAAGAGUAUGGUCCAACUGUCCACCUCAGUCUGCCUGCUGGGAGGCUUUUUGGGCCUCUGUCUGAUUGAACCUAUCCUGACGAGCCUGACGCCGUCCAGCAUGUGCACACCCUUGAGGACCCUCAACGACAGUCUCAGCCACAGGCGACGGUACAUGAAGCACUACUUCCCCGUUAACUACACCAUCAGGGUUCAUCAGAGGGAAGUCUUCAGACUGUCAAACAUCAGCAGAAUGAGGUCAAAGGUGAAAGGUGUGGAAGAUCUGCUUCUCCAGAGGCUGUGGUUCCAGGUCAAUCAGGGUGUGUUAAAAAAGAUCAUCCGGGUUAUGCCAGAGAGACACCCUUCGCGUCCGUACACAGCUGAGCUGGAGCAACGCUUCAGGGACGCAGAGGGAGUCUUUGUGCAGUCGCAUCCAGCUGAGGUGUUUCAGCAAGAGCUCCCAGAGACCAUCCAGGACAUCUGGGACUAUUUAACAGAAGAGCCUGACAGAGUCCCAGAGUCCAGCUGGAGACUCGCGCCUCCGAAGUCCCUCCUGGACAACUUGUACCAAACCAUGUUCUGCCUCUUCAGCGGCUGCUUCGCCGGCGAAGAAGCACAACAGAACUACUGUGGAGUUUCCCAUUGGAAGAAAGGCAGGAAGAAAGAUUUACGGCCUGAAAGCUGAGGAGAGGCCAGUGAGGGGGAAAAAAAGGUCCUGUCCAUACUGAUUCGGGAUAAAAUCAUUGUCUCCCCUGAGCUGUUGGAAGACGGGGUAAAAGGACAAGCCACACUGAAAGCAGACAGUUCGCUCCUGAUCCCUGAUUUGUGAACAUGAAUAAGUCUUUUCCAAAGAAAGCCUGAGAGAUUGUCUUGCUGAUACGAUGAAGACGCUAACCCCGGUGUGGCUGCAGUAACAGUAUUCAUGAUUAUAUAAUAAUAUAAUAAUGGACUUUCUAUUUUUCCUUUUUUCCUCCACUUUUCUGUCACUCAGGAAACCCAACUUUUCUCUUUUCUGAGGCUGUGGGUUCAUAGGCUCCAUUCAUAGACUAAACUGAUGUAUGAUCAAUAUAUUAGAUACAUUCUUAUCUGAGGUUGGAUCUAUUUAAGAAGGGGAGCGCAGCAUGAGCCGCGGAAUCCUCGUCAGUGAAGGGGUACACAGCUUCACCUGGAGUGAUGACAUCACGGUCGCUUUGACAAAUCCAUUUUUUUUUUGCGCCCAAAAAAAAGUGUGCCAUGUGCUGCUGCGGGCGUGCACGCUUCAUGUCAGAGACCCAACAAGAAGCAACUACACAUCGGACUGUUAUUGGAAGAAAACAGCCGAGUUUGUAACAUAUACAGACUUCUCUUCUAUGACAUCACUGGGCAAGAGCAAGAGUGUUGUUGGAAUGAACUUUAAACCUAAAGCCAAACUGUUGUCAUGUCUUUAUUCCACAGCUUACAAUUUAAAGUGUUAUUAAGCCCAGGCAGCAUAAUCAAAAACUCCCCAUGGAUUUUUGCCUCCUCACAAGUAUUUAUUUCUAUAUUUUUAUCACACACAAAUGUUUAACUCUAACAAAACUGCAACAUACAGUUUCCUCCCUCCGUCCUGCCGGCCAACUAUUCUUUAUUUUACACCAGGCAAAACUAUAAAAGUGACCUUCAGAAUUUACUUCUCAUAACCAGGCUGUUACAUAUUAUGUGAAUAAUGAUAUAGUUCUGGUCAAUGAGGAGAAAUUGUGUGGGUGCUAGGGGGGUUUGACCCUAAAGACUACAACCUUUUACAUGUUCAUAUUUUAAUUCAGUAAUUGUUGCCAUCUGUUGUUUCUAUCUGAUAUCCUAUUAGAGUUACAGUCACCCUUCCCUGCCAAGUGUGUUGGAGAGUUAGCAUCGAAACUCAAAAGAUCUUUAAUUUGUCCAUCGUGGGCUACUGUAAAAACACGGUGAUCUAAAAUGGCCGCCUCGCUGGAGCUGGAAGACAACAAUCAUGUCAUUCAAAUACAUAGUUGAGUCUCUGGAUACGUCCAGCAGACGUAUGUCGGGGUCACCAGUGAGGAAAUUGUAGAAAAUGACAGUGGACAAUUUCCAUCUGAGACUAUGCAGAUGCAAAAGUCAUUUAUUUUUAUGAAUGAAACAGACUGAGUGCCCAGAAUAAAGAUGGCAUUAACCAUCACCACGUGACCCCUCGUCACCCAAGUCCGCGACAAUUUAAAGGGACCAUGGUCACUUGGCAACCAUAUUUACAACACAGCCAUGAGAGUCAGACCACGCGUGCCUUGAACACAACCCUCAUUUUAGUGUAUUAACCUACACGUACAGAUAAUGCUGAAUUAUGCUUAUACACUCACUACAAGAACAUUAAGUAUCAAUAGUAUUCAUCUUCAAUUUCUGUAACUAUAACUUCACCUUCAUUUUACACACUGGACUUUUAAGUUGUGUCAGCUCAACUGUUUUGGUUUUCCCAGGUUUUUAUGGAUUUGUUUCAGUCCCAUUCAUAAAAGUAAAACUUAGCCAAAUCACUGGUGAAAUUACUGACCUGAUGCGAUCGAGGCCAUGAGUAGGGAAAAAGCUAGUUGCUAAAGAAGCUAAAGCUACAGUUGUUGCACCUGUUUUGUGGAGGUUGAAUUCAGCAAAGGUGAAGGAUGUAUUAUAAAAUGUACACUUACUGUGCAUCACCAGGUAAUUGAAACAAAGCUGACCAGGCAGCGUUGCUAUCAGCAUUCCUAAAUUAGCAACUGUAUGCUAGCUUAGCAAAACAGGUAAAGCUUAUUCCAGCCACUAAAAACAAAACAAAAAACAACCUCACUGUGGUACUUUUACUCUUGUCUGUCUUAUUUGUUUGACGUUAAGUCAGAAUCGUACACAUCGUGACACAAUGUUAUUGAUGGUGAUCAUGAUGAAGGUAAUGUUUAGGUGAUUAUAGUUGGUCAGGACAUGAAGAAUAAAUAUGCGUGGGUGAAAUGCGUAGGAAGGAUUUAGUAAAAAAUCAUCAUACAGUACAAAGAACAGAGAGUAUCGACCAUCUGGGAGGAACAGGAAUGACUUGUGAAGCAAAAUUUUACAGUUUGCAUUAAUAAAUUCAAUAAUGCAGUGGUCCAUAAGUCUCACAGUAAUGGCCGCACAAAUGUCACUGUGUGAAUGUUACAGUCUGAGCUCACGGAUUCACUCCCACUGUCACAUUAUGUGUGGUUUUACCUUGUAAGUCUAUUUUGGACAGAGAAUGAUGAUGAUCAGUUAUCAUCCUUUAUAUAAAGUAUACAGCAGGGGUCUCAAACUCAGGUGACCUGAGGGCCAACAGGGGGCCGGUCAUGUGGAAAAAAGUCAAUAGUAUAUCACAAUAUUCCAUAUGAUAUAAAAAUGAAUAUAUAAAAGAUAUUAUUUUAAGUGGCGGGGCUGUAUGAAAUUGAUUGGGGGGCCACAUGUGGGCAAGUUUAAGACCUCUGGUAUACAGCAAUGCAAUAAGUAAACUUUCAAGGGAGCAACAUUUUCCCUCUGUAAUGAUGUCACAGACAAAUGACAAUUAUUGGUGUACAGUACGUCUAUGAAUGCAGUAUGUGUAUUUGUAUUAUACUUAAUCAAUCAUAUGUAACUGUAUGGUUGCCUCUUUGUAACCAUAAGAUAAUUUUUAAGGUGUAUUCAAAGACCCCUUAUUGUAAAAAAAUAAAGUUAUAUUUCCCCUCAAUUGACUGGCGAUGGCAGAAAGGCGAUAACUGCAAACACAUGGAUGGUUGUUGCCUGUGUUCUGAAGAUAGAUUUUAGAAACAGAUGUUUUGUACACAAGAUAUUAAAUUUAUUUAUUUUCUGGAAAUGUAUAAUGCUACGUGGCAAUACUUUUAUGGAAGAAAUAAAAAUUAAAUUGCUAUUUUUAUCAACUAA